CAUUCAUAUUUUCUUGUAGACUAUUAAAUUCUAGGUCAAUCAAGAAUGAAAGAAUAGACACAAACAAUGAGAGAGAGACAAGGCAACUUUGGCCACGUUAAAGAUAUAUAAAUAAAGAGCAUAAUAGAGAAGGGAUGUGGGGGGAGAGAGAGAGAGAGAGAAGAGGGAGUGAGAAAUGGAUGUGAAGAAAAUUGUGGUGGUUGUAGAAGAUGUGAAUGCAGCAAGAACUGCUCUAGAAUGGGCUCUUAGAAACAUCAUUCGCUAUGGUGACAUAAUCACCCUUCUCCAUGUCUAUAAUCACUCCACAAGAUCAAGAAGCAGAAGCAAAGCACGUCUUCUACGCCUUAAUGGCUUCAAAUUAGCCCUUUCCUUUCAAGACAUGUGCAACAGCUAUCCCAACACAAAGGUUGAAAUAAUUGUCAUAGAAGGGGACCAAGAAGGAACCAAGAUUGCUGCCACGGUGCGAGAGAUUGGAGCUUCCAUGCUUGUGGUUGGACUCCAUGAUUAUAGUUUUCUAUACAAAUUGGCAAUGGCCCAUUCCCAUAAUAGCAUAGCCAGCAUUUUCAACUGCAGAGUACUUGCAAUCAAGCAGUCUCAUGCGUCAUCAGUGAGGCCCAUGAUAUGUGCACUGUCUGUGCUAGACAGUUCAACCAACAUGGAUUUUUCUCAAAUUGAUGUUUCUAGAUUACAAGUCCCUCGUAGCCCUCCCCCAAAAAUUCCAUACCGAAUCUGUCCUAACCCAUCUGCAAUUAUUUGGAGAUCAAAGAAGUCUAGGGGAGAAGGUGAAGGACACAAUUUCGUACAGAAAAUCUUUUCACUAAAGUAGCCCCCAAAAGUAAUUUAGACUCUUUUUUUCUGUGUUCUAAUUUCCUAUAAGUUAUGUCCACCUGCCACACAUACACAUACAAAAGGGUGCAAUUGACAUAGUAUAGUUUGGUUGUUUAUGCCUACAUUUUUGUGGUUGUAUAAAGGAUCUAGUGAUAUAUAACAUUACCUUGGUACAGAUUCGAAGAGUA